AUGGCAUCAAUCGAGAAACAAGACCACGAUGUCGAGCAAGACGCUCGCAUCAGUGACGACUCCACACCCUCGACGCCGCCAGUCAAGGAGGUAGAGAAGCCUCAAGCACCUGCCAAAGAGGGCACGCCGAAAGCCUACCUUGCCCUCCUUGGAGGCUUCUUCGGUCUUUUCAUCUCCUUUGGCUGGCUCAAUUGCAUUGCCAUUUUCCAGGCAGAGUACGAGGUGAACCAGCUUAGGACCUAUUCGAGUUCUGAGAUCUCAUGGAUCACUUCGACUGAAUUCUUCCUCAUGCUGUUCUUCUCCCCCGUAUCGGGCUAUCUCUUCGACAACUACGGUCCCCGGGUGCCCAUCUUUAUUGGUGGCUUGCUGCAGGUCUUUGGUCUCAUGAUGGCCAGUCUGUCGAGCAAGUACUAUCAAUUCCUUCUCAGCCAGUCUAUUGUGUCAGGCAUUGGCACCUCUUUGAUCUUUAACCCUUCAGUGACUUCGCCUAUGACCUAUUUUCGCAAGGGUCGUGCGCUUGCCGGUGGUUUGACCGUUGCUGGCUCAUCCGUGGGUGGGGUGGUCUUUCCACUGAUGGUCAACCACCUUUUGCCCAAGAUCGGAUUCGGCUGGACAAUGCGGACAUGUGCCUUCUUGAUUCUGGGUCUCUGGGCCAUUACCGUUUGCUGCAUAUCCGCCAAUAUGCCGCGCAAGAACCGGAAUUUCGACUUCCAGAGAUUCCUUCAACCUUUCAAGGAGCUGAACUUCCUGAUCUUGUUCGUCUUUGCCUUCUUUCUGUACUGGGCUAUCGUCGUCCCCCUGAACUACCUCUCAGUGUCAGCCAUUACCCGGGGAAUGUCCAUUUCCAUGGCACUGAACCUGAUCCCCAUUAUGAAUGCAGCAAGUUUCCUCGGCCGUACGAUCCCGAAUGUAUUGGCCGACAAAUACGGUCGCUACAACGUCACAAUGGCUGUGCUCCUCUUUACAGCCAUCAUCGAGCUCGCCCUCUGGCUCCCGGGCAAAUCCAACGCCGCUAUCAUAGUAUUUGCAGCGUUUUUCGGCUUUGGCUCCGGCGCCUGCAUUGGCUUGGCUCCAGUCUUGGUCAUGAACCUUUCGCCCUCGCCACAGGAGUAUGGCUUCCGAAUGGGUGCGGCACUUGCAGUUGCUGGUGUCGCUUCCCUGACUGCUCCACCCAUCGCCGGUGCAAUCGCCGCGAAGAGCCAUGGAUCCUAUGACAAUGCAUUCAUCUUUGCCGCUGUCAGCGGAUUCAUCAGCCUGGUGUUCUUGAUCGUUCUUCGGGGCAAGGUCAUUGGAUGGAAGUUGAAGGAAAACACUAGCAAGGCAGGAGGGCACUAG